AUGCCUGCCGCAACCCAAUCUCUCGAGACCAUGGUUCUCCAAGCCCACCGCGCAAAAGGCGUACGCUAUCCGACAGCCUCUCAGAAAGAAUGCUUCAAGACCUGGUACUCUUAUGCGCUUCGUCAGGGCGAAGUCACGAAGACCUCCCCGAAAGUUAUCGAGGAGCACGGAAAACAUCUCAAGGAGAUCAAAGAAGCGGCGCCGGGUGGGCGAACUUAA